CCCGUUGACAGCUGCUGAAAUUUUGCUGAAGCCUUGCACGCGGACCAAGUCCGGCCUCUCUCCCUCGGCACAGACCUGACACCACAUGCCACUAGCCAAUCAGCGCUGCUUACUUACUGAGCUCAGUCUCUGUCGUAACUAGCUGCCUUUCUUCAUCGCGCCUCUUCUUCUCUUGAUAACAACCAAACACUUCAGGUCGACUGCUGCGCCUGCAAGUACAUCUCCCCUCAACUCUACCAAGUCCAUUGCGGCAGUUUGGGCCCCCUCACAAUGAUUGGUGCCAGAUUAGCAGCGCGACAGCUGCCCCGGCUGGGCCGGCGGUCAUUCGCUACCGUCAAUGACUCCGCUCUCACCAAGAAGGUCGAGAUGACCAACUGGGAGAAGGGUCACUACAUCAACUAUGCCGGAAUGAACGAGACCCUCCAAAUCGUGCGGAAACGGUUAAACAAGCCACUCACAUACGCCGAGAAGGUCAUGUACUCGCAUCUUGACGAUCCUCACAACCAGGAGAUCGAGCGCGGAAAGAGUUAUUUGAAGCUUAGACCCGACAGAGUUGCUUGCCAGGAUGCCACCGCUCAGAUGGCUAUUUUGCAGUUCAUGUCUUCGGGUAUGGAUGCUGUGGCAACUCCAUCCACUGUCCACUGUGAUCACUUGAUUGAGGCACAAGUUGGUGGUGAAAAGGAUCUCGAAAGAGCCAACUCCAUCAACAAGGAGGUCUAUGAUUUCUUGAGCACAUCUUGCGCCAAGUAUAACAUUGGUUUUUGGAAGCCUGGAUCUGGUAUUAUUCACCAGAUUGUUCUCGAGAACUACGCUUUCCCCGGUGGUCUUAUGAUCGGUACUGACUCGCACACUCCAAACGCUGGUGGUCUCGGUAUGGCAGCCAUUGGUGUCGGUGGUGCUGAUGCUGUCGAUGUCAUGGCCAACCUUCCAUGGGAGGUCAAGGCACCAAAGGUCAUUGGUGUCCGACUUACUGGAAAGAUGUCCGGCUGGACUGCUCCAAAGGACAUUAUCUGCAAGGUCGCUGGUAUCCUUACGGUCAAGGGUGGUACCGGAGCAAUUGUUGAGUACCACGGUCCAGGAACUGAGAACUUGAGCUGCACUGGCAUGGCCACCAUUUGCAACAUGGGUGCUGAAAUCGGUGCCACCACAUCGCUCUUCCCAUUCAACGACCGCAUGUACGACUACCUCGCAGCCACCAAGAGAAAGCACAUCGGAGACUUCGCUCGAUCAUACGCCACCGAACUCCGUGAGGACGAGGGUGCUGAGUACGACGAGCUGAUUGAGAUCAACUUGAGCGAGCUCGAGCCCCAGAUCAACGGUCCAUUCACUCCAGACCUUGCCACUCCUCUCAGCAAGUUCAAGGACGCUGUCAAGGAGAACAAGUGGCCACAAGAGCUGAAGGUUGGUCUUAUUGGUUCUUGCACAAACUCCUCCUACGAGGACAUGAGCCGCGCCGCAUCUAUCGCUCGGGAUGCCCUCGACCACGGUAUCAAGGCCAAGGCCAUGUUCACAAUCACUCCUGGUUCUGAGCAGAUCCGUGCCACCACCGAGCGUGACGGUCAGCUCAAGACUCUUGAGGACUUCGGAGGCAUGGUCCUUGCCAACGCCUGUGGACCUUGCAUUGGCCAGUGGGAUCGUCGUGAUGUCAAAAAGGGCGAGCCUAACUCCAUCGUCUGCUCGUACAACCGUAACUUCACUGGACGUAAUGAUGCCAACCCAGCCACCCACUCCUUCGUCACCUCCCCAGAUAUCGUAGUUGCUCUCACUCUCGCCGGAGACCUCACCUUCAACCCAAUCACCGACACCCUCAUGGACAAGGACGGCAAGCCGUUCAAGCUGAAGGAGCCAUCCGGUGAUGGUCUGCCAGCACGUGGCUACGACCCAGGUCAGGACACCUACCAGGCACCACCACAAGACCGCUCUUCUGUCUCCGUCGCUGUCUCACCAACCUCCGACCGUCUUCAAAUCCUUGAGCCAUUCGAGCCAUGGAAUGGUAAGGAUUUCCACAACCUUCCAAUCCUGAUCAAGGCUCAAGGCAAGACCACCACGGACCACAUUUCAAUGGCGGGCCCAUGGUUGAAGUACCGUGGACACUUGGACAACAUCUCUAACAACUUGCUCAUCGGUGCCAUCAACUCUGCCAACGGUGAGGCCAACAAGGUCAAGAACCAGGAGACUGGUGAAUUCGACGCCGUCCCAGCUACUGCCCGUGACUACAAGAAGAGAGGUAUCAAGUGGGUCGUCAUUGGUGACUGGAACUAUGGCGAGGGUUCUUCCCGUGAACAUGCUGCUCUCGAGCCAAGACAUCUUGGCGGUCUUGCUAUCAUCACCCGAUCCUUCGCUCGUAUUCACGAGACCAACUUGAAGAAGCAGGGUAUGCUUCCACUUACUUUCCAGAACCCAGACGACUACGACAAGAUCCAGCCAGAUGACCGCGUCGACCUUAGGGCCACCGAGCUUGCUGUCGGAAAGCCAGUCACCAUGACUGUUCACCCAGCAAACGGCGACAAGGCAUUUGACAUCUCACUUGUGCACACAUUCAACGAGCCACAACUCGAGUGGUUCAAGAACGGAAGCGCACUUAACACCAUGGCCAAGGCAGCCAAGUCAUAGACCUGUCGCACUGGGCGGAAAGGAAAAGAAAGCAGAGUUAUUAGCAAGAGACGAGGAAAAUGACUUUCGAUUUCUCAAUGAUGAUACACAGGACGGGCAUUCUCGUCAGGAAAUGGAGGAUCAAGGCUCCAUCUGCUGCAGUGAAUUUAUAGCAUUGUUGUGCAUAGUUGUUUCGCGGCGCUGUUUGGUCGGACUUAUGUACUUCGACAAUGAGUUUGAAACC